AUGCCGCCCCGCCGCGUCCCGGCGCCCGGUGCGCAGCUGCUGCCCACGUCGGCCCUGCUGCUCCUGCUGCUCGGCGCGGGGCCCCGCGGCGGCUGCCUGGCCAGCCCGGUGCCCGCCGCGCCCCUGCCCGCGCCCGGGCCGUGCGCCGCGCAGCCCUGCCGGAACGGGGGCGUGUGCAGCCCGCGCCCCGCGCCUGGCCCGCAGUCCCCGGCCCCUGCGGGCGAGCCCGACUACAGCUGCACCUGCCCCGCCGGGGUCUCCGGCGCCAACUGCCAGCUCGUGGCGGAUCCUUGCGCCAGCACCCCCUGUCACCAUGGCAACUGCAGCAGCAGCAGCAGCAGCAGCAGCAGCAGCAGCAGCAGCAGCAGCAGCAGCAGCAGCGGGGGGGGCUACCUCUGCAUUUGCCACGAAGGCUAUGAAGGUCCCAACUGUGAACAGGCGCUGCCCAGCCUCCCCGCCUCCGGCUGGACCGAGUCCAUGGCCCCCAGGCAGCUGCAGCCUGCCCCCGCCACCGAGGAGCCAGACAUCAUCCUGCCCCGCUCUCAGGCCACCGUGACCCUGCCCACCUGGCAGCCCAAAACAGGGCAGAAAGUUGUAGAAAUGAAAUGGGAUCAAGUGGAGGUCAUGCCAGAUAUUGCCUGUGGGAAUGCGAGUUCUAACAGCUCUGCUGGUGGCCGCCUGGUAUCCUUUGAAGUGCCACAGAACACCUCAGUCAAAAUUCGGCAAGAUGCCACUGCCUCGCUGAUUUUGCUGUGGAAGGUCACGGCCACGGGAUUCCAACAGUGCUCCCUCAUCGAUGGACGGAGUGUGACUCUCCUCCAGGCCCCCGGGGGCCUGGUCCUCUUGGAGGAGAUGCUCGCCUUAGGGCAUAACCACUUCAUCGGUUUUGUGAAUGAUUCUGUUACUAAAUCUAUUGUGGCUUUGCGCCUAACUCUGGUGGUGAAGGUCAGCACCUGUGUGCCGGGGGAGAGCCAUGCAAAUGACAUGGAGUGUUCUGGAAAAGGAAAAUGUACCACAAAGCCAUCAGAGGCAACAUUUUCCUGUACCUGUGAGGAUCCGUACGUGGGCACUUUCUGUGAAGAAUUUGAUGCCUGCCAGCGGAAGCCCUGUCAGAACAACGCCGGUUGUGUGGACGCAAAUGAGAAGCAAGAUGGGAGCAACUUCACCUGCGUCUGCCCUCCUGGUUAUACUGGAGAGCUUUGCCAAUCCAAGAUUGAUUAUUGUAUCCUAGAUCCAUGCAGAAAUGGAGCAACGUGUGUUUCUAAUCUCAGUGGAUUCACCUGCCAGUGUCCAGAAGGAUACUUUGGCGCUGCCUGCGAGGAAAAGGUGGACCCCUGUGCCUCGUCCCCAUGCCAGAACAACGGGACCUGCCACGCAGACGGCAUGCAUUUCAGCUGCAGCUGCAGCGCGGGCUUCACGGGGCCAGCGUGCGCCCAGCUCGUGGACUUCUGCGCGCUCAGCCCCUGCGCGCACGGCACCUGCCACAGCAUGGGCACCAGCUAUAAAUGCCUCUGUGACCCAGGUUACCACGGCCUCUACUGUGAGGAGGAAUAUAACGAGUGCCUCUCUGCCCCUUGCCUGAACGCCGCCACCUGCAGGGACCUCGUUAACAGCUAUGAGUGUGUGUGCCUGGCGGAAUACAAAGGAAUACACUGUGAGUCGUACAAGGACCCCUGCGCUAACAUCAGCUGUCUGAACGGAGGCACCUGUGACGGCGAGGGCCUAAAUGGCACCUGUGUCUGCGCACCCGGGUUUACAGGUGACGAGUGUGACAUCGACAUCAACGAAUGUGACAGUAACCCGUGCCAUCACGCCGGCACUUGCCUGGACCAGCCCAAUGGUUACACCUGCCACUGCCCUCAUGGCUGGGUGGGUGCAAACUGCGAGAUCCACCUCCAGUGGAAGUCGGGUCACAUGGCGGAGAGUCUCACCAACAUGCCCCGGCACUCCCUGUACAUCAUCAUUGGGGCCCUCUGUGUCGCCUUCAUCCUGAUGCUGAUCAUCCUUAUUGUGGGCAUUUGCCGCAUCAGCCGCAUCGAGUACCAGGGCUCUUCCAGGCCAGCCUACGAGGAGUUCUAUAACUGUCGCAGCAUCGACAGUGAGUUCAGCAACGCCAUCGCCUCCAUCCGGCAUGCCAGGUUUGGAAAGAAAUCCCGGCCUGCGAUGUACGACGUGACCCCCAUUGCCUAUGAGGACUACAGCCCCGAUGACAAACCCCUGGUCACGCUGAUUAAAACGAAAGAUUUGUAAUCUUUUUGGGGGGAUUAUUUUUCAAAAAGAUGGGAUACUACCCUCAUUUAAAUAUUUUUAAGAAAAUAAAAAGCUUAAUUUUUUUGAAAUGGUAGCUGCUCAAGAGUUUUCGGUAGAGUAUCGAAGAACUAAUUUUCUGCAGCUUUUAGUUUGGAAAAAAUAUUUUAAAAAAAACAAAAUUUGUGAAAUCCAUAGACUACGUUUUAAUGUACUUUCAGCUCUUUAAACUGUAUGCUUCGACUAGUGUGUGCUCUUCCCAUGGUAGAUAUCGUCAUGAGACGCAGUUGGCUUUCUGUGGCUGUUACAGAGACUAAGUCCAAUUGAGGAGAAGUUUCUAUGUGACGUGUGAGUGCUGGCUUUCUGAGUAGUUAGAAAAUACAUGUAGAGUAUGACCCAUAUAACAGUAUACCCAUUAACCUAAAACGAAGUCUGAGAUGUUUAUUUCGUGAAUAAGAAACUAGUUGCAUUUAUUAUUCCUAACCCGAAUGAAAUUAGCCUUUGCCUCAUUCUGUGCAUGGGUAAGUAACUUAUUUCUGCACUGUUUCAUUGAACCUUGCAGAAAUGUUCUUUUGAGUUUGUUUUUGUCAUUUCCAUAACAGUCGUCAAGCCAGGCCUUGAAAUCAUGCAGCAAAAGGGCCUUGUGAGGCAAAUUAUGAUCACAUUGAAUCUUUAUUUCCUUUUAAAAGUCAAGGUUUUUAUACUGUGAGUAAAUUAAAUUUACGUUGGAGUUGUUUGUUGCUAAGAGGUAGUCAAUAUAAGAGAGUACUAGUUCCUUCCGUAGUGAGUAUUUCUCAUAGUGCAACUUUAUUUAUAUCCAGGACAUGUUUGUGGCUGUAUUGGAUUGAUAUGUGCUUCUUCUGAUUCUUGCUAAUUUCACAGAAUAUUGAAUAAAUGUUACCAAGUCCA